AUGGACUUUGUGCUUAGUUUACCUAGGAUUAGGCAUGGUAGAGACAAUAUAUUUGUGGUUGUUGAUAUGUUUAGCAAGAUGGCUCAAUUCAUUCCUUGUCAUAAAACUGAUGAUGUUAACAAUGUUGCUGAUCUAUCUUUUAGAGAGGUGGCACGAUUACAUGAGUUACUUUAUUCUACCACUUGUCAUCCACAAACAGAUGGACAAACUGAGGUUGUGAAUAGGACUUUAGGAACCUUGCUUCGUGCUAUUGUGGAUGGUGCUAAAAAGGCAGAUUUGGUGAAGUCUUUAUAUGAGAAGGCUAAUGGUGAAGUGCUUUUAUAUGAGAAGGCCCUAAAAGCACAUAGAAAAGCAGGACAAACCAGUAUGCUAAAUGAGAGCGAAACCAGGGAAGGAGUAAGUUGGUGUUUUGUGCUGGGGAGUAUUGAAGUUUGGGUACAUUUUUUUCGCAAGGAAAGGUUUCCCAACCAAAGGAAGACUAAGCUUGAUGUUUUUCAAGUCUUGGAGCACAUCAAUGACAAUGCCUACAAGAUAGACUUGUCAGGUGAGUAUGGUGUUUCUACCACUUUCAAUGUUAGUGAUUUGUCUCCUUUUGACAUGGAUGCAGAUUUGAGGACAAAUCUUUUCGAGGAAGGGGGGAAUGAUACAGAUCAACCAUCACUCAUCCAUGGAGUUCAAGGGAGCAAGGAGCACAACAUGGGAGAUCCAUUGGUUCUUCCUAGUGGGCCAAUUACAAGGAGUCGUGCAAAGAGAUAUGAGGCAUCCAUGUCCUUAUAUGUUCAAGAACAAGUGACACAAGAGCUUCAUGACCUUGCUUUCAACAACUGCUAUGUGGAGCUUAAAGCCAUACCUAAGUUUCUUACAUUGCUUGAGGCGUGUGUUGAAGAUGGAAGCACGGCCGUGCUGAGUAGCACGCCCUGCCCGUGCUAA